AUUGGUUAUAACGAUAGCUGGGCACACAUUGACAGAGAACAGUAUCGAAGGUGCAGCUAGAAAGAGGCGACAUGAAGAUACAACUGUGGAUUGUCGUGUAUACACUGAUGCAUAUCAAGAAAGGAGAUUGCGAGUGUAUUGAUAAACUGAUUAACGGAACGAAUGACGAUUCCCUUACAGCGUCUUCUUUUUACAAUGACGGCACAUGCUUUCCCCGAUUUGUCAGGAUCAACGGUAAUGACCUAAACAAGGCUUGGUGUCCUGCCAGGGCAUCAAAGUCAGAAUACCUGCAGGUUGAAUUCCAACACAUGUCUGCUGUGACGGCCCUCGUGAUCCAAGGCAGGGUACAGCAAUAUUUAACAUCCCUCACAAUGAAAACAAGUCAGGACGGAAUCAGUUGGAGUGACGUCACCGACAAUCUAGGGAACAAAAAGAUUUACCAAGCAGCCAAUGACGGGACGACACUAGUGACUCGUGCUGUGAACGAAAACAUCCUGGCCAAAUUUAUUCGCAUCCAUCCGGAAACGUGGUUCAGCUAUCCUUCCUUUCAUCUUGAGAUUCUUGGAUGUCCAAAAUUUUUAGGUAGAGCGUGUUGGAUUGGGAAACUUGGUAUUCCGGACAAAGUGCUUCCUGUGAUACACCAAACAACGGCUCCUAACAACGGACAGUGUGGGAAGGUGUGUUACAAGUACAAGUCCUGUGGAAGUUUCAUGUUCGAUACCGAUACUACAGAAUGCCACCUAUAUAGUAUCGAAACAUUCAACGUGACAGCACAUGUGUCGACGCUGAGCCGAAAAGUAUAUUUUGUGAGAUAAUUUGACUGCAUUCCUUGACUUGACUUGUGGAGUUUUGAUUACUGUGUAACCUUGAUAGUGAUAUUCAAUGGGGUUACGGAUCCAGCACUGUUUGUUCAUGUGUGUAACGUAUACGUGCUUGUGUGCAUCUGCACUGGAGGCAGGGUAUGUUGAUUAAUGUGCCUCCUUGCGAUAUGACGGUUAUAUGCCAACUUUAGAGUGCUACUUUGUUAGAAAUAAGCAGUAAAAAGUUCAGCAUGAGGUUAGGUAACUGCGAAAACAAAUUAUUCCACGUACACAAAAUAUUGCAAAUAAGAUUUAACUAAACAAAAAUAUAAGAUAAAUCAAUUAAAAUGUAAAAUAAACGUUUUACUUGGGCAACAACGUUAUAAAAUAAACGUUUGUUUUGUUUUGUUUGUUUUUGUAUUGUUUAACGGCCCAUCGACAAUGUGAGUCAUUUAGGGCAAAACCACUAUACAAAGAGUCAUUCACGACAAUAAACACACCAAACCAACAUUUAAUAGCUUAAAAUAUGUAAAGGAUUAA